AUGGCCGAGGUUGAGUCCACCGUCCUGCAACAGAACGAUAUCUUCUAUCGAAUCAACCGCACGGUGGAGAACCUCAAAAAACGGGGGAAGGACAACCUGACUCGGCAGCAUCUAGACCGUGGUGGAAACGCCACGCUCGAGCUUCUCGAUUCCAAAUGGAGAAAGUUCGCUGACGCUCAUUCUGUUCUUCUCGGUAAGCGAACGAAAGAGCUCGAUUCGCACAAGUAUUUUCAAGAAGACUUGUAUGAUCAGUGCGAGACCGCUUACGUCGACGUCAAAGCGGAAGUGCUUCGGAUGCGCGAUCGCGCGGCUUCGCUGUGUGCGUUAAAUACUUCUCUUGGCAAUGACACUUCUCGCCUUGUCUCUAGCACCGCGCGAUUUCUCCCAAAAAUCACGCUUCCGAAAUUCUCGGGUGAUUACCAGUCGUGGACGUCAUUUCGCGAUCUCUUUCAAUCCAUGGUCGGCUCCAACGACGACAUCCCUGCGGUGGAGAAAUUCCAUCAUCUCAAGAGCAGCCUCACUGGGGAUGCUGCUCGGCAUAUCGCGAACGUCCCGGUUACCGCCGAUAAUUUCGGUCCAGCGUGGGAUGCUCUCGUAGCCCGGUACGAGAACAAACGUGCUAUCGUUAGCGCUCAUUUGGACAAGUUUUUUGCUAUCGCCCCAAUCGCGCGCAAAUCGGUCAGUGAUUUAAAAGGUUUGGUAUCUACCGUUAAAGAAGCUCUCGGUGGGCUCGGAGCUCUCGGCGCGCCUAUCGAUUCGUGGGAUUUCAUCUUGGUUCACUUUAUUACUCGUCGACUCGAUCCCGAGACGCGAGGCGUGGGAGCUGCGUCAGGGUACCGCCAACAUUCCGCGGAUCCGGCAACAUUCCGCGAGCUCGACGACUUUCUGGAUGGGCGCAUUCGCGCUCUAGAGGUGAUCGCUCCCGGGAAUUCCAGCAAGACUGUCAAGGCCGCUAAGACACUCGCUACGAGGCCCGCCUCGCGCGUUAACGCUGCCAACGCUUACUCACUCAAGUGCUCCUUCUGUGACGGCUCUCACUUUAUCGCCUCCUGUAACGAAUUCGCUGCCAAACCGAUGGAGGACCGACGCGAGUUUGUUGUAUCAAAACGCUUGUGCGCGAACUGCCUCGGCAAUCACCGGUUAAUCGAAUGCAAAUCCGCUAAACGAUGUCGGCUCUGCGGUGGGCAUCAUCAUACUCUCAUUCAUCGUGCGUCCGCGACCUCGAGUGCUGCAAUGCAGCCUGGUCAAAGUGCCGCGAGCGAGGCCUCACCCUCCGCUGCAGCAUUUGCGGUCGUCGCGGGCUCAGGCGCUAUCUCGCUUCACGCGUCCGGUUGUCGCCUGGAUACGCCCGCGAUGACGUUGCUGCCCACCGCUCGCGUCCGCGUGUUGAAUCGCUCCGGGCAGGCAAUUGACGCCCGCGCUGUUCUCGAUCUCGGCGCGGAGCUCAGCCUCGUCCGUGAAUCGUUCGCGCAGCUCCUGCGGUGUCCUCUUCAUCGCGCGAGCAUUCCUCUACUCGGAGUCGGAUCCUUAUCAUCGUACACCACGCGCGGCGCACUUGCUCUCCGAUUGCAGUCCUGCGUCGACCCCACGUUUGAGUUCGACGCUGCUGCUUACGUUGUGCCUCGCGUGAUGAGCCGGGCGCCGGGAGAGGAGGUGGACCCAACUGCGUGGAGCCAUCUGGACAACCUGCCUCUGGCUGAUCCAACCUGGUAUAAGCCUGGACCGGUGGACCUCAUCCUUGGCUCGGACGUCCUUGGCCACCUAUUCGGCGAAACCUUCCGGCGUGGUACUCUGCGACAGCCAGUCGCGCAGCAUUCCAAGCUCGGCUGGGUAAUAUACGGCCCGUCUGGUGUGGUGCCGAAUCUGUCCACGCCCACUGCAUCGCCGUCGCACGACACUAGCAAUUGCCCAGAACGGGAGCUCGAGACUCUACUUCGCCAAUUCUGGACGCAGGAGGAAGUCGCAACUACGUCUCAAUCCGCAGGAAUCACGGAGGAUGAAGCUCACUGCGAGGCGUAUUUUCGUGACACCCACCGGCGCUCCGCAUCAGGCCGAUACAUUGUCUGCCUACCGUUUAAAACCUCUGUAUCAUUUCUCGGUGGCUCUCGCUCGCGCGCGGAGCGUGCUCUCCGCCGACUGCAACAGCGCUUCGCCUCCAAUCCAGAACUCGCGCAACUCUACGCCGAUUUUCUCCAGGAAUACGAGACUCUCGGCCACAUGGUUAAGACGUCGCCAGCAGACACGUAUUCUGGCUCGUCGUUCUUCCUGCCGCAUCACGGGGUACUGCGACCCGGCAGUUCAUCGUCCAAAUUGCGCGUCGUUUUCAAUGGCUCAGCACCUUCCUCGUCCGGGGUCUCCCUCAACGAAUGCCUGCACGUCGGCCCAAAGCUCCAACAGGAUCUCGCCGAUAUCUUGCUCCGCUGGCGUCGGUACAACUUCGUGUUUCUCGCCGAUGUGGAAAAGAUGUACCGACAGAUCGAGGUCCAUCCACACGACCGCCAUUUUCAACGGAUUCUCUGGAGCAAGAACGGGCCACCCCAGGAGUAUCUCUUGUGCACGAUGACCUAUGGGUUGUCGUGCGCUCCGUACCUCGCCCUGCGCGUACUGUCGCAGCUCGCUGCCGAUAACGGCCAUCGAUUUCCACUGGCCGCCCCAGUUCUCUAA